UCGGGUCAUCGAGAGAGGGCAUCAACAACACGGUUGCUUUUUUCGGGGGUAUGGCAAAUGGUGAAUGUGAACUGGGCAAGGAAGUCGAGCCAUCGAGCUUGGCAUGGGGUGAUGUCUUUCUUGGUGAGGAUGAAAGAAACGAUGGUGUUAUCAGUGAGGAUAGUGAAGUAUUGUCCGUCAAAGCACGGACGCCAGAUUGUGAGGGCGUGAAUCAAGGCGAGGAGUUCCUUCUCAUUGGCGGGGUAAUUCAUCUCCGCGGGAAGGAGCUUUUUGCUUGCGAAGGCGAUGGGGUCUUCGCCGGGUGGAGCCUCGGGGUGAGUGGGCGAGUCCUUGAUGGAGGGGGUCUUGGCGGUGUCGCGGGGGAAAUGUUGGGACAGUACGGCUCCAAUGGCGAAGUCGGAGGCAUCAUUGGUGACAUAGAAAUGGCGAGUGGGGUCGGCGAUCUUGAGGACAGGGGCAGUGGUAAUGGUUUGCUUGAGGAAGUCGAAAGCGUGUUGGCGGUGAUUGUUCCAAUUGAAGGGUUCGUCCUUGCGUGUGAGUUCAUGGAGAGGGUAAGAGAUCUCGGAAAAGUUGCGAAUGAACGAGCGGUAAUAGUUGGCAAGACCGAGGAAGGAAUGAAGUUGGAGGAGGGUCUUGGGCGCGGGGUACUUGACGAGGGCUGUGACCUUCGAGGGGCCCAUAAGGAUGCCUUCAGCGGAGACAAUGUGGCCAAGGUAUUCAACACUCGAAGCGGCAAACGUACAUUUGCUGAGUUUGGCAUAGAAUUUUUGCUCUCGGAGGAUCGAGAGGACUUGGCGAAUGUGGUGCAUUACGAGGAACUCGUAGUGCCCGAACCGAGAGCGGAAUGCGGUCUUGUGGGUGUCCUCGCGGAUACGGAUUUGGUGGAAGCCACUGCGGAGGUCGAUCUUGAUGAAAUGUUUGGCUCCACGGAGGCGAUCAAAAAGUUUAGAUAUCCGGGGGAGUGGGUACUUGUUCUUGAUCGUGAUCUGGUUCAAGGUCGUAGAGAAGGGGUUAGGGGUGAGAGGAGAAGAGUAGGUGCCAGUGGGAAGCUCGACCGACGGGAUAGCAGACGUCGUCGGGAGGGGGGCAGGCGGAGUAGACUACAUCACCUAGGGGCCGUUCGAUGGGAUGUGCAUCACCGGAGGGGGGGUAGGCAGGCGGAUAGUCGAUGCCAAUUUCUGGAGACGACGGGGUGGAGAGGAAGAAGGCGGUCGGGAGGCACGAUCUUGGCGUUCCAUCCGCAUAAGGUGGGCGGCCUGGAGGUCCUUAAUGGUGAAUUGGGAGGGGUCGAGAGAGGCAGUGUCGAAGUCGUCAUCGGAGGUGGGUGGAGUGGUGUCGUCAGGGGUGAUGUUAUGGAAGAAGCGGGGGCGGGAGGGAGCGGGCGCAGACUGGUGAUGGGGGUGGAGGAGUCGAUCGUGGUGAAGCAUGCAAGAGAGGAGGUCAACAAGGGGCAUGUCGGGUUCGUGGGCGAGGGCGGUUGCAAGAUCUUUGUGGCAUACUCGCUUGAUGCGGGAGAUGAACGCAAAGUUGGGAAUGACGGUGGUGGGGAGGUGAUGGCGGAGGGAGCGGAUGUAUUGGAUGAAGCGGUUCGUGGGACCGGUCUGGCGGAGGUGACAAAAUUGUUCGAGGUAGUCAUCGAUGGUUUUCUGGGGGCAGAAGGUGGCAGUGAGAAGGUUGGCCCAUUGGAGGAAGGAGUGACGCGGUCCGCCCGAGGCGCGGCGGUUGCUGACUUUGGCCAUCCACCAUUUGACGCCAUUGCCGAGGAGGCGGGAGGUGGCAAUGGGAAGUCAGUGGACAAGGGGCAUGUGGUGGAGCUUGAAAGAGUUGUGGAGCUGGGUAAGGAAGAGGAAAACGUCCUUGUGGGGAAGGUCGAAGAAGGGCAUGAUGUCAGCGGAUCGGAAGGAACGGGGGAUUUCCCCUUCGCGGGAAACGAUCCACACGAGGGUGUUGAAGUUGAGGUUAUCGGGGGUAGUGUCGUAGCAGGUGUAAUCGAAUUGGCUGUUGUCGUUAAGGAGGUAGUUGGGGGGAAGUUGUGGCAUUGUGGGGUAGUAGGAGUGGAGGAGGUCGGCGACGGGGUGUGGCUGGAGGCGGUUGUUGACGUGGGGGUGGUGGUGGUGACCACCUGGAUGGAAGGGGUAGUGGUUUGGGACUCGAGGGCGGUCAACCGGCUUGAGAUGCCAGCGACGGAAGUGGAGAGUGUCCAGAGGGAGUCCUAUACGAACCGAAGGAUGGAGAGGAGGGAUGGGGCGGGGGKGUUAUUCCCGAUGGCUUGUUGGAGUUCGCGGUGGAUACCCGCCACGGAGUCGUCGCAGAGAGAGCUCAUGUUGAGGCUUGAAGCACCUUCGGCCAUUGGAGAGGACGAAGGCCAGGUGGCAGAGGAAGAUGGAGCAGUGGAGGUGGUAGCAGCAGAUGUGAUAGCGGCAGCGGCGUCGGCGGCAGCGCGUUGGGAGGUCUUGGUUUGGCGUGAUGGCAUGUGGAGAAGAGGGGGGACAAUCCGUAUUUACAAGAGUAGAGCGUCAUCAAGUGAUUUAGCAAUGAAGGUAGCAGAGAAUUGCAGAGCAAGAAUUCAUUUUGAAUAAAUUAAUUUGAAUUUAUUCGAAAUUAAUUCGAGAAUGUAUUUUUCAAUGAAAGCGGAAUUUUCAG